GAAGCAUAUGCCUACACAUAAGUACAUUGGCAAGGAGGAGAAGACAGCAUCAGGCCAUAAAGCCAGCAAGGAGAGAUUGAGUGUGCUACUUGGGGCUAAUGCUGCUGGUGACUUCAAGCUGAAGCCCUUGGUGUGUCUGGCCGAGAAUCCAAGGGCAAUCAAGGGCAUAUGGAAGGGUCUAUUACCUGUCAUCUGGAAAUCUAACAAGAAGGCAUGGGUGACACUCAGCGUAUUUGAGGACUGGUUCACCAACCAUUUUGUGCCAGAAGUCAGGGACUACUGUGCUUCAAGGGGGCUGCCCUUUAAGGUGUUGCUAGUGCUGGACAGUGCCCCUUGUCACCCUGCCGAUUUGAAUGACUUUCACCCAAAUGUCAAGGUGGUUUACCUUCCACCUAGCACCACCUCCCUUUUACAGCCUAUGGGCCAAGGUGUCAUUGCCUCUUUCAAGGCCUACUACCUCCGAAGGACAUUUGCUAUGGCUUUUAGGGCAACGCAGAAGGAUAAAGAGUUGACUCUCAAGGACUUUUGGAAAUCUUACAAUGUUCUUGCUGCUGUAAAAAACAUUUCUGAUUCUUGGGAUGAAGUUACACAGACGAACUUGAAUGGUGUUUGGAAAAAAUUGUGUCCCCAGUUUGUGAACGAUUUCCAUGGCUUUGAGGAUUCCGUGGAGGUUGAAAUCAAGAAUGUUGUUGAGUUGAGUAAGCAGCUUGAUUUGGAGGUGGAGGCUGAGGAUGUCACAGAGCUGCUGGCAUCUCAUGGAGAGGAGCUGUCUGCCGAGGACCUCACUCAACUGAAACAGCAGUUCAUUGAAGAGGAAGACACCCCAACCCCAGAGCCCAGGAGAUUUACAAGCAGGGAAUUAGCAGGGGCCUUGGCCAUGAUAGAGGAUGCGUUGGCAAGGUUUGAGGCUCAGGACCCCAACAGUGACAGGUACACUAAGGUUGCCAGAGGCGUCAUGGAUAGCCUGUGGUGUUACAAGGAGAUUUGGGAGGACAAGAAGAAGGUAUCCUUCCAGACUAGCCUCGAACGUUAUUUUAAGAAGGUGGAGAGGCCUGCAACAGAUCCCGUACCCUCCACCUCAUAUGCUUCUCCAGACUCACCUGACCCAGGCUCUCCAGCACCUUCUACAGGUUCUGCUUCUCCAGACUCACCUGACCCAGGAUCUCCAGCACCUUCUACAGGUCCUGCCUCUCAGGUCUCACCUGACCCAGGAUCUCCAGCACCUUCUACAAGUCCUGCCUCUCCGGUCUCACCUGACCCAGGAUCUCCAGCACCUUCUGCAGGUUCUGCCUCUCCGGACUCACCUGACCCAGGAUCACAUGCAUCUUCUGCAGGUUCUGCCUCUCAAACCUCCUCCCCGCAGCAGCCAAGUGUAAACCUGUCUUUCCCCACUUUGCAACGUCCAGUGUGCAAGCCAACAACAGUAGUAAAGGAUAUGAACUUUGAGGACGUGGCCAUUGCCUUCUCUCAGGAGGAGUGGGAGAUCCUUGAUGAGGCUCAGAGACGUCUGUACUGUGAUGUGAUGCUGGAAGUGUUUGCACUUGUAUCAUUCUUAGGUCCUUGGCAUAAAAUGGAUGAUGGGGAGGCCUAUUCUGAGCACAGUGUGUCUGUAGGAGAUUCUCAGAUCAGGGCUUCCAAGAGAGCUGCAGCCACCCAGAGGACCCAUCUGUCUGACGUCAUUGGCAGAAUAAUCUAA